GGGCGAGAUGAAAUGACCACGUUCUAGCUCUGGGCGAUUAGAUUAUGGCGUCCAUAAUUGUAUGAUUGGCCAAGCUAGUGAUCGAGGAAGGGGGUCCAAGAUGCGGAAGGGGUGUAAACGUUCAGGGAACGGCCAAAAAUCUCGCCGUCCACUGAAUAUGCGUCGAGGAUGUUUCAAAGGCAUCAGAAAACGCUGUUAUCAUCGCGUGGAUGCCCCAGAGCCUUCUAAAAAAAAUGCUAUGGUGUUCCAUAUGACUGAAAAGCAGGGAUGAAGUAUAAAGACGGGGAGGAUGCAGUGGAGCACGUAUAACGAGCUGAAGGUGGAGAAGUGGUGUCGAUGGUCUUUGCAUUGUUUUCCAAUGCACUGGACUGUUUGCAAUAAAUGUAUCCCGAUGAAAUGAUCAUUCUGGUCUCUAGGCUGGCCAGAAAGCUAAGAGCUAAAUAAGCGGGUAAAAAAAAGGAAAUAGCGGUACAGAAAAUAGGGACAAG